AUGGUCCUUCAUAAUAACUCUGGGCAGGCAAGUACCAUCGCAGGAAUUCCAGUGCCCAAAGUUCAUGCCUGGAAUAAUAGCGCAGAGGAUAAUGCUGUCGGUGCUGAGUAUAUUAUCAUGGAGAAGGCAAAUGGUGUCUUAUUAAGCUCACAGUGGGCAACAAUGAGCACCGACCAGAAGCGGGAGUUGAUCCAAAGUAUCAUUGACUUUGAACGCUCCCUUAUUGCUCAUUCUUUUGACAUGAUUGGUAGCAUUUACUAUGAAAAUGAUCUAGCGAACUCCAAAGAUGGAUGUUCCUGGAAGAUGGACGAAGUGCGAUCGAGUCUUAUAAAGGACCAUCUAGGGAAUACAAUGAUUGACUAUGUCCAUUCGAUGGCGAGUCGCGAAGAAGAUUGUAGCAAACAUCUUAGCCGAUUCCCCAGACCAGAGGGGAUUUUUGGCGCGCCCGGGUCAUAUCAGCCUACGGCUCAAGCAAAACUCGAUGUUAUCUCUGAUUUCCGCAAAAUUGCAUCCUUUAUAGUUCCGAAGGACGCGACCGUGACAAAGCCUGUUCUCUGGCAUACCGACUUCCAUGCGGAUAAUAUCUUUGUGGAUCCAAAUAAUCCUUCCAAGAUUUUUGCUGUCAUUGACUGGCAAAGCGUACAUGUCGCUCCAUUGUGCCAACAAGUGAUUACACCCGCAUUCCUGAAUUUCAAUUGGCCAAAGCCAGAUGAAGGUCUUUGUCUUCCUUCUCUUCCAGACAAUUUCCAGACAUUGAGCGCCGAAGAGAAAGCCAAAGCCAAAGUCUUACGAACUCAACAAUUAUUAUACAAACUUUAUGAAAUUCAAUCUGGACGACAGAAUAAGGAUGUUUUCAGAGCGCUUCAGUAUCCCAACGUACUUGGAUCCCAGAUUAUUUCACUCGUAUCCCAGGUUUUGAACGACGGUGAAACAAUUAUCAAGGGCCAAUUGUUUCAACUUGUUGAACAGUGGAGAACAACAGUUGGCGCAGAUGGAACACCGUGCCUGAUCACCUUUACUGAUGAUGAUAUCGUGCAGCAAAAUUUAGAUCAAGAGAAGUGGGAAGAAGGUGUGCAGCUCAUGGAAGAUGUUCUGGAAGCUCUUGGCGGUGCAGAGAAUGGUUGGCAAGGCUGGCGGAGAGAGAAGCACGGUGCUGGGCAUGGCCGUUUCAAGGUCAAGAUACUCACACUGAACAUGAUUGGCUAA